AUGGAGCUUGUAAGCAUCACGGAUGAAGACAACAACAAGUAUUUUUACAAAAGAUACGAUGGUUAUGCGUUCAAUACAUUAGUUCUAGGAAAUGUUCGAGACCAACUUUCGAAGAUAUCAAAAAUGAAAUGUAGAUCUGAAGAUGUUCUCAUAGGCGUCUUUCCCAAAUCGGGUACACACUGGCUCUACAACACCGUGAUGAUGUUGCGCACCGGGACAUUGAAGUACUACGGCACACCAACUCUACUUCAAUUCCAAGAGAUUUCUACUGUAGACGAAAUGCAAACACCGAGAACAUUUGGCUCUCACCUUCGAUUCCGGUUUCUCCCCGAUGAAAUGAAGCUUGGUACAGGGAAGGUUAUUACCAUAACCCGCAACCUUAAAGAUUUGGUGGUUUCUGUUUAUCAUAUGCUGCGAAACAUGGAAGAUAUUGGGUACCAAGGAACAUUUGAUGGGUUUUUAAAACGUUUUGUCACAGAAGAAUGUUUCCUGGGAAAUGGAUCAUGGUUUUCUUGGAUCAAGGAUAUGGAAGAAUGGAACAGCCCAAACCUGCUAUGUUUAUCAUAUGAAGAUUUCAAGAAUAACACGUAUGAAAACGUUGUCAAGUUAGCCAAGUUUUUAGAGCUUGAUCACAACGAAGACUUCCUAAGAAAGGUAGAACAAAACAUCAGCUUCGAUAAGUUAAAGGAACAACACAAUAUUGUAAAUACGGCCAGUGACCGAUGGGAAGAGAUAACAGAGGAUGGACGACUUCCAAUAUACAGGAAAGGUCAAAUUGGAGAAUGGAAAAAUACAUUUAUAGUUGCCCAAAGUGAAUGGUUCGAUAAGAUUUGUAAAUACAAAAUAGAAGAGAUGUCUAUCAAGACAAAAGUCAAUUGA